UUGCUGAAUUUCUCCAGUUCCUUCCCCUUCUACUUUCUAUGCCUGCUGUGACUGAAGCUUCACUUAACACCAAGAUAUUAGAUUUCUUUGGGUCUUAGGCAGGAGAUACGCAUCCAAACACCAGGAGUAAGGCAACAGCAUGCAUGUCCAGAGGGAGAAACUUCGGUAUUGAGUGAAUUUGGGCACCUGCAAGUAUUCUACUUUGGUGACCAGCUGGAUUGAAUACUCGGUGCUUUGAAGAGGAGUAGAUGGAAUCAGGCCAGAAUUGUAGCACUACUCUUUCAGACUGUUUUGAGGAUACAUUUGAAUCCUUCAGUGAGGAGGAGGAGGAGGAGGAGGAGGAGGAGGAAGCCUGCAGGCGAUACGAGAGUGAACGGUUUGAAUCUUAUUGUUCCACAGAGGAGUUGGAGUGGCCUGCUGCUGUGUCAGAUAUAUCUGAAAGCGUAUGGCAGUCAGUAAGCCAGGAUGAUGAAGGUGAUCACUCUUUGUUGUCAGACUCUGAAAUGAUAGAAAAAGAGUUGACUGGAAAAUGGAUCAGCUGUCUCAAAAAUAAAGAAGAUAACAUUAAGCAAGGCAAAUCUAUCAUCAAAACACACACAGAAAUCACUGAAGUAUCAGAUGAAGAAUUGGAUGCUCUGCAGUCUUUUUGUGCCAUUAAGAUAAACCAGAUCCAUUGUCAGUUGAACUCUAAGCAAUCAAACAGCAGCAAACAUAAAGAUCUGCAGCAUGGAUUUACUUCAGAGAAGCCAGUAACAGGUGACUUGAACUGUACUAUUCCUGAUCAGCUAGUGAACAGAAUCCAUCUGAAAAAUAUCAGUGAAACAAUGAAACAGGUGAAAGAAACUAAACUACACCAGCCUUCACAAUGCCAUGAUUGUAAGAAAAAAUGGACAGAACUGGCCAAGAUUACCUUUCUCAGACAAAAGAAGACUUUAGUGGAGAAUGCUUUAUUCCAAGAUAAAUUAGAAGAACAGAUUUAUGUCAAAGACUCGCUCACACUCAUAGGAGAAAUACACAAAAACCUCCCCAAGCUUUCAGAGGAUCCAAGGAUUAUAUGGCAAAGACUGAAUGAGAAACGUCAGAAAGUGUAGGGCCUGGUUAUGAUGAGUAUUAAUCAAAGAAUGUAAGAGCUGGCAAAAAUCUUCUGGUGACACUCAUGUGCUUAAUGCCUACUAAUAAGAACUGUUUUGUUAGUGACAAACUGAUCAGGGGGCAAAUAUUCCUGCAGGUAGAACCAGAUAUUCCCAGAUCACAGGAUUCCAGCUGACAGUCCUGCUUUGUGUCCUUCUUGAAUGCAAAAGCUGCAAUACAGUGUAAUCCAGCCAAAUACAUUUUUCAAAUUAUGGAAGCUGA